GCGACGAAGCCGCUAUAUAUAGCUGCUCUGCAUCACCAACCAAGCACACAUACCUAACAGCGGCAAUGGCGCCACCGCAGCAAGCCUCGCCACGCCCGAUUCUCACCGUCCGCGAGACCACUCUCGUAGCGCCCUCGACGAGCACCGGCGCCGCCCCGCCGGAGUGCUCCCUACCGCUCACCUUCUUCGACAUCUUCUGGCUCAACCUCCCACCGGUCGAGCGCGUCUUCUUCUACCGCCUCGCCGCCGACGCCGACGUCCCCGCCAUCCUCUCCAACCUCAAGGCCUCACUGUCCCAAGCCCUCCACGCCUACUACCCGCUCGCCGGCCGCCUCCGCCUCGCGCCUGGCACGGCUGACCGCUACGAGAUCCACUACCAGCCGGGCGACGGCGUCACCUUCACCGUCGCCGAGUACCGUGGUGACGUCGACGUCGACGAGCUGGCCGUCGACCAGCCGCGGGAGAUCACCAGGAUCGCGCCGCUCGCGCCGCCACUCCCGAAGGGCGGCGCAGUGCUCGCGCUGCAGGCCACCGUGAUGCGCCGUGGCCUCGCCAUCGGCAUGGCCGUGCACCACACCGCCUGCGACGGGGCGGCCUCCACGCGCUUCCUGCACACCUGGGCGGCGGCGGCCAGCGCCGGUGCCGUCGAGCCACCACCACCUGUCAUCGACAGAAUCCUCGUGAAGGACCCAACGGCUCUCUACGACGUCUUCGUCAAAGCCAAGCCGACCGUCGGCGAGAUGGAUCGCGUCAAGACGUGGGAGCACCGACUUCUCGCCGGGCGGCGAGGCGCGGCGCCGCCGCGAUGCUCCUCGUUGGUGGCCACCUUCGGCUUCAUGUGGUCAUGCCACCAGCGAGCCAAAGACGAUGCAGGAAGCACCGGCGGCGACCCGACAUACUUGCUCUUCCCCGUCGACCACCGCUCGCGGAUGAAGCCCCCCGUCCCGGAGGAGUACCUCGGCAACUGCGUCGGCAUCGCCACGCAUGCCGCACCCAUGGACCAGCUCGCGGCAGCCGGCGCCAGUGGCCUCUUCGUCGCGUGCACGGCGGUAGCUGCGGCGAUCGACGAAGCGGUGCGCGGCAUCGGGUCACCUGAGACGGUUGCGUUGUGGAUGCAUCGGGUCAGGGAGGCUGGCGUUGCCGGUAUGUGGACGGUGGCCGGGUCGCCGAGGUUCCGCGUGUACGAGGUGGACUUUGGGUUCGGGCGGCCGGCCAAGGUGGAGAUCGUCUCCGUGGCGAGAACCGGCGCGAUGGCGGCGGCAGAGGGCCGGAGCAGCCGCGGAGGCAUCGAGGUGGGCAUCUCUCUGCCGGCGGCCGGCAUGCAGAGGUUCCAAAAGUGCUUCCAAGAUGCCAUUGACUGGCUUCAUCACCAGUAAACAAGUGAUGCACAUCUAUUUUUCUUUGGUAAAUCAAGUGAUAUUACUCCAUAUUAUCUGCAAUUAUGCAUACCCUUAGGCCGUAAGAUAAGUACGAAGUUCAUCAUGUGAUACGUACGGUGUUAGUGUGAAUUGAUACGUACACUUGACUUGAGGUUGAGGUCUCGAGUAUAGCAUUUCGUUGGUUGUGUUCAGAUACGUGAAGUGGUGGCCAUGCAUAUGCGCAUGGGCAGUGAUGUAUUUUGGUUCAAUUUCAUUUUGGAGAUACAUAAUGUC